CACUGUGACACGGUGCUGGGUUCUGGAGCACUGAGCCCUCGGGAGUAAGACCUGAGUCUGCCUGCCCCACCUGCAUCCAGGUCCAUGAACAGUAUGGCCAGCAAGUUUGGGCUCAUCCAGCUGGGCAGCUGUGUGGAAAUCAAGCACAGCAGUGGGCGCACAUGUCAGGCAGUAGUGACAAAGCUCCAUGAAAGCACCUCCAGCAUCACUGUGGAAUGGCUUGAGAGAGGGACCAGCCAGGCCAAACAGGUGGACCUCCAGGUCAUCUUUGACCUCAACCCUCAUCUAGCCCCAAGGAGCAGACUCACAAGCAGCGCUGAGACCUCACUGUCAGCCAGAGGUUUCCAGAGCACAGUGAGUGAAAGUCUGCCACAGCCCACCAAAAUGGAAAUGUGUUGGGACAGCAGGAGCCCUGUGGUUGCCCGGCCUCAGACAGGAACGAGAUGGAUGACACCAUGCAUGUGGCAGACGGACAGGCUGCUGAAACAGCAGGAAUACCAUCAGCUGGAUGCGCAGGAGAAGCCAGCUCGAAGGGACAGCACAUCACCCCAUGCCAGGAGUGACAUAGUGGCCUUGAUCCAGGAGUGCCGCAACCACCUGAAUGGCAAGGCACCAUGGGCCUCCAUGCCAUGUCAGCCUCGCCGCAUCAGUGUGUGCGUUCGCAAGCGGCCCCUGAACCAGCGGGAGGCCGAGCUCAAUGACACCGAUGUGGUGACAGUGUCCUGCCAGGGCAUGGUGAUUGUGCAUGAAGCCAAGCAGAAGUUGGAUCUCACACAGUAUCUGAACAACCAGGUCUUCCGAUUCGACCAUGCCUUUGAUGACCAUGCUACCAACGAGCUGGUGUACAGGCACACCGCCCAGCCCCUCGUGGAUAUCAUCUUCCAGGGAGGCAUGGCCACCUGCUUUGCCUAUGGCCAGACUGGCAGCGGCAAGACACAUACCAUGCGGGGAAGCAUCUCUAGCAAAGGAAUCUACGUCCUGGUCGCUGAGGACGUCUUCCGCAGGCUGCAGUACCCUAAUUACCAGAAACUGGAGCUUUGGGUCUAUGGAGCCUUCUUUGAGAUUUAUAGGGGCAAAGUGUUUGACCUUCUGAACAGGAAGAAGCGGCUGAGGGUGCUAGAGGAUGGUAAAAAGGAGACCCAGGUGGUAGGCCUGUGCGAGGAAGAGGUCACCAGCGUGGAAGAUGUCAUCAGGCUAAUUGAAACAGGCAGCAACUGUCGCAUGGCAGGCCAGACUUCGGCCAACACUCAGUCCUCCCGGAGCCACGCCAUCUUCCAGCUCAUACUCAAGAAGAGAGGACAGUUGUAUGCCAAAUUUUCCCUAAUUGAUCUGGCUGGGAAUGAAAGAGGAGCUGAUGUCACAACUGCAGACAAGCAGACGAGGCUGGAGGGCGCUGACAUUAAUAAAAGCCUCUUGGCACUCAAGGAAUGUAUCAGGGCAUUGGGGCAUAACAAAACCCACACCCCAUUCAGGGCUAGCAAGCUCACCCAAGUCCUGAGGGACUCUCUUAUAGGGGAAAACUCAUACACCUGCAUGAUUGCCACUGUCUCUCCAGGAAUAAGAUCCUGUGAGCACACCCUUAACACCCUGCGAUAUGCCAACCGUGUGAAGGAGCUGGUUGUGGACCUAAAUUCUCUUAAACAGCCUUUUCAGAUCGUGUCCAGCUUACCACAGCAGCCGCGGUUUGGGGUGCAGGCAAACAAGGAAGCUUUGUCCAAGGCGUUUAGUUCGAACGGCACCGGGGAAACCCUGAAAAAGAGAAAAGAAAUAAAUGAGAAAACACUUAUGGAGAAGCAUCAGAAAUCUCUGCGAUGGUUGAAAGAACUCUUAGAGGUGGCUGCAGGAACAGUCAGGAAUGUAGAUAUAUAUGCUGCACAGUUUCAAUCAUUUCUGGAUCAAGAAAUUGGCAUCUUGACUGAGAUUCGAGAAAAAGUCAGAUUAUUCCCGCCAGCAGCUUGCAAGGAGGAACAGGACAGCAACCAGAGCUGCACUAAGAGGUCCCGUGCACUGUGAGCUGCGCCAGAGCCCCAGUCCCCGAGGCUGCCAGGAGAGGAGAGCUGUUAGCUGCCACUGCUUCAUCUGCCCAGCAAUUGUAGUGCUUAAGAAACAUUAAAUGGCAUUUGCGUGAA